AUGGCAUUCAGCCACUCUGUGAAGGAACGCACCAUCUCAGAAAACAGCCUGAUUAUCCUGCUGCAGGGCCUCCAGGGCCAGAUAACCACCGUGGACCUUCGGGAUGAGAGCACUGCCCUUGGAUGCAUAGACAACGUUGAUGCAUUCAUGAACAUCCGCCUGGCCAAUGUUACCUACACAGACCGGUGGGGACAUCAGGUUGAGUUGGAUGACCUUUUUGUGACAGGCCGUAAUGUUCGCUAUGUCCACAUCCCUGAUGACGUGAACAUUACGGCCACCAUCGAGCAGCAGCUGCAGAUCAUCCAUCGGGUACGGAACUUUGGUGGCCGAGGCCGCCGCGAAUUUUCCUCCAAAAACUCUAAAUGA